AUGUUCUUGGGACCUUGGCCUUUCUUUCACCUUAUGCUCUGGUUUGCAGCUCCCAGAAGACAGCAAAGACACCAUGGCCUUGUAACUUUCAAGCUCCUGCGGUGUGUGUGCCUCCUGGCCCUCACGUCCAUCCCGCAACAGGUGUGCGGACCCCCUUACAAGAUAGGGGUGGUGGGCCCUUGGGCUUGUGAUCCGUUGUUCUCAAAAGCUCUGCCUGAGGUUGCUGCUCGAUUAGCCACUGAGCGGAUCAACAGGGACCCAUCAUUUGACCUGGGUUACUCUUUUGAAUACGUGAUUCUCAAUGAAGACUGCCAGACUUCCGGAGCCCUUGCCAGUUUCAUUUCUCACCACCAGAUGGCCUCAGGAUUUAUUGGACCUGCCAAUCCCGGCUACUGCGAGGCAGCCUCGCUCUUGGGAAACAGCUGGGACAAAGGGAUUUUCUCUUGGGCCUGUGUGAAUUACGAAUUAGACAAUAAAAAUAGCUAUCCGACCUUUUCUCGGACACUCCCUUCUCCCAUCCGUGUGCUGGUAACCGUCAUGAAAUAUUUCCAGUUGGCUCACGCUGGAGUCAUUUCCUCAGAUGAAGACAUUUGGGUGCACACAGCCAAUCGAGUCGCAAGUGCUCUUCAGAGCCGGGGCCUACCUGUAGGGGUCGUCCUGAGCACAGGACGAAACAGCCAAAGCAUUCGGGAAGCUCUCCAGCAGAUUCGCCAGGCUGACAGAAUUCGCAUAAUCAUCAUGUGUAUGCAUUCGGCCUUGAUUGGGGGAGAGACUCAGAUGCAUCUCUUGGAAUGGGCUCAUGAUCUGAAAAUGACUGAUGGAACCUAUGUCUUUGUUCCUUAUGAUGCCCUGCUCUACAGUUUACCUUAUAAGCAUACACCCUACCAGGUCCUGAGGAACAACCCAAAACUCCGGGAAGCCUAUGAUGCUGUGUUGACCAUUACAGUGGAGUCCCAAGAAAAGACCUUCUACCAAGCCUAUACUGAGGCAGCAGCUACACAUGAAGUUCCUGAGAAGCUGGACUCAGAUCAAGUUUCACCGUUGUUUGGAACCAUCUACAAUUCAAUUUACUUUAUCGCACAAGCCAUGAAUAAUGCUAUGAAAGAAAAUGGACAGGCUAGUGCUGCCAGCCUGGUUCAGCAUUCCAGAAACAUGCAGUUCUAUGGAUUCAACCAGUUGAUAAGGACAGAUUCAAACGGAAAUGGAAUUGCAGAAUAUGUAAUCCUGGACACCAACUGGAAAGAAUGGGAACUGUAUAGCACUUACACUGUGGACAUGGAAACGGAGCUGCUACGGUUCAGAGGGACCCCCAUUCACUUCCCUGGUGGCAGGCCCCCUCAAGCAGAUGCAAAAUGCUGGUUUGCAGAAGGGAAGAUCUGUCAAGGAGGCAUCAACCCUGCCUUUGCCUUGAUGGUCUGUCUCGCUUUGCUUAUAGCCCUGUUGUCUAUUAAUGGAUUUGCUUACUUUAUAAGGCGUCGUAUAAAUAAAAUCCAGUUGAUUAAAGGACCCAACAGAAUUCUACUGACUUUGGAGGAUGUGACAUUUAUCAAUCCCCACUUUGGCAGUAAGAGAGGAAGUCGUGCUAGUGUAAGCUUCCAGGUCACCUCAGAAGUCCAAAGUGGGUGGUCCCCAAGGCUCUCCUUUUCUUCAGGGAGUCUAACUCCAGCUACCUAUGAAAACUCCAACAUAGCAAUUUAUGAGGGUGAUUGGGUGUGGCUGAAGAAGUUCCCCUCUGGAGGUUUUGGAGACAUUAAGUCCAUCAAAGCACGUGCAAGUAAUAUGUUUGAAAUGAUGAAGGACCUACGUCAUGAAAAUAUUAACCCUUUAUUGGGCUUCUUCUAUGAUUCAGGAAUGUUUGCCAUUGUGACAGAAUUCUGUUCCAGAAGGAGCCUAGAAGACAUAUUGACAAAUCAGGAUGUGAAACUUGACUGGAUGUUUAAAUCAUCACUUCUGUUGGAUCUCAUCAAGGGCAUGAAGUACUUACACCACAGAGAGUUUGCUCAUGGGAGGCUGAAGUCUCGGAACUGUGUGGUUGAUGGGCGUUUUGUACUAAAAGUGACAGAUUAUGGCUUUAAUGAUAUCUUGGAAACACUAAGACUCUCCCAAGAGGAACCUUCUGCAGAAGAGUUGCUAUGGACGGCCCCUGAACUGUUGAGAGCUCCAAAGGGCAGCCGGUUAGGUUCUUUUGCAGGAGAUGUCUAUAGCUUUGCCAUCAUCAUGCAAGAAGUGAUGGUCCGGGGCACCCCAUUCUGCAUGGUGGAUCUGCCUGCCAAAGAAAUCAUAGACAGACUUAAGAAGCCUCCUCCUGUGUACAGACCAGUUGUUCCUCCUGAGUAUGCCCCAGCAGAAUGUCUCCAGCUAAUGAAGCAGUGCUGGGCUGAAGCUGCAGAACAGCGACCAACUUUUGAUGAAAUAUUUAAUCAGUUUAAAACUUUCAAUAAAGGGAAGAAGACCAAUAUCAUUGAUUCCAUGCUUCGGAUGUUGGAACAAUAUUCUAGCAACUUGGAAGAUUUGAUCCGGGAACGGACUGAAGAGCUGGAAAUUGAAAAACAGAAAACGGAAAAGCUUCUAACACAGAUGCUACCACCGUCAGUUGCUGAAUCCCUCAAAAAGGGCUGCACGGUUGAACCUGAGGGCUUUGACUUGGUCACCUUGUACUUCAGUGACAUUGUGGGCUUCACCACCAUUUCUGCCAUGAGUGAGCCCAUUGAGGUGGUGGAUCUUCUCAAUGACCUGUACACACUCUUUGAUGCCAUCAUUGGCAGUCAUGAUGUCUACAAGGUAGAGACCAUUGGAGAUGCUUACAUGGUGGCCUCAGGCCUCCCAAAGAGGAAUGGCAGUAGGCAUGCAGCUGAGAUUGCAAACAUGUCCCUAGAUAUCCUGAGCUCCGUUGGUACCUUCAAGAUGCGACACAUGCCAGAGGUCCCAGUCCGGAUUCGAAUAGGCCUGCAUUCAGGGCCCGUUGUUGCAGGAGUGGUGGGUCUCACCAUGCCCAGAUACUGCCUGUUUGGAGACACUGUGAACACAGCUUCUCGGAUGGAAUCAACAGGGUUACCUUAUCGCAUUCAUGUCAGUCACAGCACCGUGACAAUUCUUCAAGCUCUAAGUGAGGGCUAUGAAGUGGAGCUUCGAGGAAGAACAGAGCUCAGGGGCAAAGGCACAGAAGAGACCUUCUGGCUGGUUGGAAAAAAAGGCUUCACAAAACCUCUUCCUGUGCCCCCACCAGUGGGCAAAGAUGGGCAAGUAGGCCAUGGCCUGCAACCAGUGGAGAUUGCAGCCUUCCAAAGAAGAAAAGCAGAAAGGCAGCUGGUGAGAAACAAGCCAUAA